AUUGACAUUAGAUAGCGAAGUAAAUUUCUGAGACUGAACAAUCGAUAGCAAGGUGCCAUUUAGUACGCAUUAAUAAAUUAAGAAAAAUUAACGUUUUAAAACCAGCUAAAACUUUACCAACAUUACAAACCAGGCACCAAGAAUUUCGAACAGUCGCGAAAUGUCCUCACCUCUAGUGUAUCUCACGAGAAAGGAGUGUUUUAGUGCUUGUCAUCGUUUGCAUAGCCCAUUUCUCAGCGAGGAAGCCAAUCGACAGGUGUAUGGAAAGUGCAAUAAUCCGAAUGGGCAUGGUCACAAUUAUACAGUCGAGGUCACCGUCCGGGGUCCGGUUGAUCCCAAAACCGGGAUGGUCAUGAACAUCACCGAUUUGAAGAAAUACAUGGACCAGACGAUUAUGAAGAAGUUGGAUCAUCUCAACUUGGAUAAGGACGUUCCGUAUUUCAAGAAUUUGGCCAGCACAACGGAAAACGUGGCCAUCUUUAUCUGGGACAGUUUGAAGCUCGUUAUGCCCAAGCCGGACCUGUUGUACGAGGUGAAGAUCUACGAGACGGACAAGAACUCGGUCAUCUACCGGGGUCAGAAGUUUGACGCGAAUCAUCACUACCACAACAAAGAUCUGAGCUCCACCGACAACGUAUGCUCGUCGAACCUUUCGUCUGACUCCGAUAGUUAGGUGUCGGUGGUCUGCUUUCAAAGGCAUUGAACAGCGCGAACGAAUGUGCUUCGGAUCGGCAGCGAUUGCAACAAUCAAGAUAUUGAUAGUGUUUAAUUAAAACAGAACUGAAUUGUGUGUGAGAUCUUCAUGACAGUGAAUUUAACGGAUUUAACCUGAAAAUGGAGAAGUUAAAUUGUCGAAAUAAACGCGAUCUAAUUUUUGUAUUGUUUUCUUGUCCAA